AUGAGAUUUAGUGUUUUUUAGGCAUUAUUGACUGCUCUUGGAGUCUUGAAUAUAAGUCAAAAAAUACAUGAACAGCUUUUUUACAUUGAACGUGAUCUAGCAAGGAUGUUUUAGCAUAAUAGGCCGCUAAAUGGUUAGCUUCAGUUUUUACAAGAAGUUCUCAUUGCAGCUAAUGAAAUUGGAUUUUGCGUCUUUCCUGCUUACAUAUCAACUACUAAGCCAUUCAUAGAAGAAUACUUGAAUGCUAAUGGAUUUGAUAAGACAUAUCAUUCUACGGUAGAUAUUAAUAGAUAUAAAGAAGGAUUCAAACAUAUUUAUAUCCCAACUGAUGACAAGAUUCCCUAUAUUACCCAUAUGGUUUGGCUAACUCACUCUGAUCACCCAAAAGAAAUGAUAAGGCAAGUUGAUCUUAAAUAAAAAGGCUACGAGUUUCAUUUGAAUGUUACUAUUAAGACUUUGAAAAAAUAUAACUUCACAAUCACAUUGUGGGUCAACAGUGUUGAGUUAAUCCCAAGGACAAAGUAGUGGGCAGAUACAAACGGAAUUUUAGUGAGAGAACUUAAAGAGUUUGAUGGUGUCGAGGAAUAUAAAUCAAUUAUGGAUGAAAUAUAUCUUUCAAUUGAACAGAAAAAGUUUGCUCAAGGUGCUGAUAUUGCAAGACUCUUAAUUAUGUAUGUUUAUGGGGGAGUGUAUGCUGAUCAAGAUCAUUAAAUUAUGGAAUACGAUCCAAUGCUUAACAAAAUGAAUCUCUUCUUUUAUUAUACGGAAAACAUAGGAUACAACUCGUUGGAAAAUUCACUAUUCGGAGCGUCUCCUAAGAAUAUAUUUAUUCUUAAAUACUUAAUGACUGCAAUUAGUAACAGAUAAGGAUAGACUAUUCCUUAUUGUGAGUCUAUUUGCUUACAAAAAUCACACUUUUACAUACUAUUUGAGACAGGACCUUUUCUAAUGUCAAGAGUUUUCGAUCAUUUGUUAAUUAACGGAGAUUUAAAUGAUCAACUCUAUCUUGUUCUAGAUCCAAGUAUAGCUCACGAGGGAUAUGAAAGUAAUAAUUCAACAUUAGGAUUAGAACAUUAUGAUUUAGUUUUUAAUGAUAAGACUCACCGACUGAAGGUACGAUUUAAGCACUAUCCGAGCGCUUCAUGGAUAGAUGCUAAAAGAGAAAAAGCUUUAUUUGGAUGGUAAAAAUGA